GGAAGUCUACGUCUCCCUUUCUUUUUUGCCUUCGGUUAUGGCGUAGGAUCAUUUAAUUAGAGGAACCAGCCCAGACUGAAAAAAAUCCAGCCCUCACUAUAUAAAUUACCACCAAAGAACAUUUAGAUUCACAGGAGCUCACUUGACAAGAAUAGGCCUAUUAGAGCAAUGGCCCACACUUUUAUACCACCUUGCCUUAUGGUGUUGAUGUAUCUUCUUCCAUUGUGUAGCGGACAACCGAGCUGCAGAAACCGAUGCGGAGAAUCGUAUCAUCGCGGCAAUCGCUGCCAUUGCGACUACAGCUGCAUCGUUCACAAUGAAUGCUGCGGGGAUUAUGAAUCUUUGUGCACCACGGGAGACUCGUGUAAAGGGCGAUGUGGUGAGUCCUUCAAGCGAGGCAGACAGUGCCAUUGUGAUGCUGAGUGUACUCAAUAUAACCAGUGCUGCCCUGAUUAUGUGGGGAACUGUGGUAAAGCGGAGUCUGCGGACGCCGGAUCCACUCCCAGUCCAAAGAAUGGUGAAGGCUACGAGCCCCCAAAGCCGAACACACCCAAAACGGAUUCGACGCCUGAAAGCACGGCUGUCCCUCAGCGCUCUGAGCAGUACCUCCAGGAUACCUCCGGCAUGGAAUCAAGCUCAGUUUCAGGGGACGGGGAUGGAUCGUUUCAAGAAAAUCAGUCUGGAAGUUCUCCAGAAACAACUACUCUUUCCAGUGGCCGAGAUGUGACUACCAUCUCUGCAACCAGCAACCCAACGGCCACAGUGACCCCUGCUGAUGAACCCUCUGAUCCUGAACCUUUCACUAAAGGGAAUGACCCUGAUGUCAAUAUGAGCUCUGGGGGAGGUGAGAACUCCCCCAGUGCUGAGCCCUCAGGUCACAUCCCUGAGGGCAUAGAGGAGGUAACUCCUGAUCCUUCUCUUGGGUCAAGGAGCUUUGUGUUCACAGAAAAUCCCACAGAUGCAGAUACACAGGGAUCAGAUACGGAGGGAUCGGACACUCCAUCUUCUGAAAAAUCUGUAGCAGGAACACCACCAACUGAUCAGAAGUUAGAUGAAACAAACUCUGAGGAUCUUGCAAAUGGAACAUUAUCGCAGGAGGAGAGUUUACAUAAUCCAGACUCCAGCUCUUCGAACAAUGGAAAUCUAGCUCCCUUGAGCUCAGAUGAGUUCAGUUCUACACAUAGCCCCGAGACCAUGCCUUCAAAUGAGAAAACAUCCCCCACACCCCAACAGCCCACUACUCCGGGAAGCUCAGUUCCUAAUGUGUCAGCGGACACGGUGAACAUUUCGGGUGACGCCCCUGAUGACACCUCCCUCCCGGAAACCCCACCCGCCGAAGUGGAUUCUCAGACAGAACCGGUGCCCUCUGCGCUUGACACACCGUCUGCAGAUGAUAUGGCUGCCAGCACUGCUCAGCCCGAACGUCCAGCUGCUGACCAGCCAGCCACAGCUGAUGCUGAGCGUCAGGAUGGAAGAGGGGAUUCUGGGGACCCCAGUUCUGUGGCUGUAGACCCAAUAGCCUCCACUGGGAAGCCUAGCAAACCUGAAAUGCAGACAAACGGCACAGAGGCCCUAAAAACCGACGAUCCCACCGACUCCGACUACCUGGCAGACAGCAGCAAUGACACCGACCUUUGCAACGGACAACCCAUCAGCGGGCUCACAACUCUCCGCAAUGGGACGAUUGCUGUUUUCCGUGGUCACUACUUUUGGAUGCUGGAUGACAACAGGGUACCGGGUCCCGCCCGUAGUAUCAGAGAGGUGUGGGGCAUCCCAUCUCCUAUAGACACGGUCUUCACCCGCUGUAACUGCCAAGGAAAGACUUACUUCUUCAAGGGGAACAAUUACUGGAGGUUUGAAAAUGACGUCAUGGAUCCCGGUUACCCUCAAUCAAUCUCCGCGGGCUUCAGUGGACUGGCUGGCAAGAUCACCGCUGCCUUGGCCGUCCCCGAGUACGGGCGGCGAUCAGAGUCUGUGUUUUUCUUCAAACAAGGGGGCCUGCUACAGAGAUACGGCUUUAAAUAUGGGACAAGCCCAACCUGUGGCCAGAGACCCAGGUACAUGGUGGUCACUGUCAGGAGCAGACAUGCCCGACAAGCAGGUAAAGAAGACGGCCUUGAAAGGGAGAUUAAAAUCACAUGGAAGGGACCUACUCUGGUGACAUCUGCAGUCUCUGUACCCACUCCCAGGACACCAAACGGCUAUGUCUACUACAUCUUUUCAAGGACAAAAUAUUACAACAUCAAGGUCGAUGGCGAUCAACCAGCCUUGGCCUCUCCAGAGCCUUCACAAUCUCAGGAGAACUCCGCAAAGAGCUGGUUCAACUGUCCCUGAAUUUCCUUGCCGAAAAGAAAAUGAACACAGACUGAAAUUCUUAAUUUUUAAUAAAAAACACAACACUGCUUUGCAGGGAUUAUUCAGAAACCUUUAAAAGUACAAUAAAACACACAAACACCUAAAGCAAAAACAAGAUAAGAUCUCAGUAUAUUAUGAACUACAGUAAGCCUACGGCUAUGGCAAUACAGCUGGAUCCAUUUCAUGCUUCACCUGGCGAAUCGACCCCUUAUUCCCAUUACACCUGCAGAAGAAAAAUUAUAUAUGCAGCUUUAAAUAAAAUGAAUGACCAAAGCCAGAAGUUAAGAAAUGUAUAAAAGAAAUUGAGGUGUAUUUGUUCAGUUUGCUGCUGUCCUCUGAUGUACGAGUUCUACCUUUUUGUAUUUUGAUUAAAAUGCGAAAACCUGAA